CUUUUUUUUCUCAGCCGCGUAAUGGCUGCUCCCAAGACACAGGAGGCUGCUACCCAAGGAGAGGAGGACGGUGAUGGCAACCGUGGCGGAACUGGGGGUGUCAGUUAUGAGGGUUGAAAGCGGAAGAAGGAAGAGCAGGCGAGGGAAGGAAGUGAAGAAGAACUCGGGCUCUAUGUGGUUGCAACCUCUUAGAUCCUGUUCUGAUGUCCUUUUCACGCCAUUACAAGGGAGAAGCUCAGACAGUAAGGAUUGUAUCCUGGAGCCGCUUUCCUUGCCAGAAAGUCCAGGUGGCACCACCAGUUUAGAAGGUUCUCCAUCUGUGCCUUGUAUUUUCUGUGAAGAACAUUUUCUUAUAGAUGAACAAGACAAACUUCUGAAGCACAUGAUCAUUGAACAUAAGACUGUCAUAGCUGAUGUUAAGUUGGUUGCUGAUUUCCAAAGGUACAUUUCAUAUUGGAGGAAAAGGUUCACUGAACAGCCCAUUACAGAUUUUUGUAGUGUGAUAAGAAUCAAUUCCACAGCUCCAUUUGAAGAACAAGACAAUUAUUUUUUGCUGUGUGAUGUUUUACCAGAAGAUAGAAUACUUAGAGAAGAACUUCAGAAGCAGAGACUGAAACAAAUUCUGGAACAACAGCAACAAGAACGAAAUGAUGACAAUUUUCAAGGCAGUUGUAUGUUUUGCAAUGAGGAAUUCCUCGGAAACAGAUCUGUUCUUUUGAACCACAUGGCCAGAGAACACACUUUCAACAUUGGGUUGCCAGACAACAUUGUAAACUGCAAUGAAUUUCUGUGUACAUUACAGAAAAAGCUUGACAACUUGCAGUGCUUGUACUGUGAGAAGACCUUCAGGGACAAAAAUACACUUAAAGAUCACAUGAGGAAAAAACAGCAUCGUAAGAUCAAUCCUAAGAACAGAGAAUAUGACCGAUUUUAUGUCAUCAAUUAUUUGGAACUUGGAAAAUCCUGGGAAGAAGUUCAACUAGAAGAUGAUCGGGAGUUGCUAGAUCAUCAGGAAGAUGACUGGUCUGAUUGGGAAGAACACCCUCUCUCUGCUGUCUGCCUAUUUUGUGAAAAGCAAGCAGAAACGAUUGAGAAAUUAUGUGUCCACAUGGAGGAUGCACAUGAAUUUGAUCUCCUCAAAAUAAAGUCAGAGCUUGGACUGAAUUUCUAUCAGCAAGUGAAACUAGUCAAUUUCAUUCGGAGGCAAAUUCACCAAUGUAGGUGUUAUGGCUGCCAUGAGAAGUUCAAGUCCAAAGCAGACUUAAGGACUCACAUGGAAGAAGCUAAACAUACUUCACUGCUUCCUGAAAGACAGACAUGGGAUCAACCACAGUAUUAUUUUCCAACCUAUGAAAAUGACACUCUGCUAUGUACCCUGUCUGACAGUGAAAGUGACCUGACAGCUCAGGAACAAAAUGGAAAUAUCGCCAUCAUUAGUGAAGAUACAUCUAAACUGCGUGCUUUGAAACAAAGUAGUAUUUUGAACCAGUUGCUACUACAUGAGUCCUUGAAAAACUAGAAGAAACUGCCACAGAAGCAAUGUUUCAUGUUUUCUCCAGUGAGACAGACGCAAAAGAAUACUUUAAAUUUGAGCAUCAGCAAAGGAUUAGUCUUUGGUAAAAUAAACUUUUUUUUUUUUUUUUUAAUUGGCUGUCUUGGGUCUUUGUUGUGGUGCCCGGGCUUCUCACUGCAGUGGCUUCUCUUGUUGCGGAGCACGGGCUCUAGGCUCGCAGGCUUCGGUAGUUGUGGCUCGUGGGCUCUAGAGCGCAGGCUCAGUAGUUGUGGCACACGGUCCUAGUUGCUCUGCAGCAUGUGGGAUCUUCCCGGACCAGGGAUUGAACCCGUGUCCCCUGCUUUGGCAGGCAGAUUCUUAGCCACUGCACCACCAGGGACGUCCAAAAUAAACUUUAAAAAAACGAAUUUUUUUCCCAAAAAUAAAGUAGAAACUAAAUAAAAUGAAGACUUUUUGUAUAUGGGCUCUGAAGUUUUAUUACGUAAUCAUAGUAAAUGAUCUCAUUUCAUUAGACUCAUUUAUCUAUAAUAAGCAAGACGUGCAAAUCACAAAGAAGUGAAAUGUUCAAAUUAUUUAUAAACCUAAUUUCAACCAGUAGUUUCAGUCUUUUCCCCACAGGCUUUCAUCAUCCAGCAAGUCACAAAAUUUGACAGACCUGUGCUUUCUGUACUACAUUGGGUCAGCUGUGAAUGUAGUGACCAAAAGAGGAGCCACAGAAGAGAGGAACAGUGGUCAAAGUCCUGGAUAAUGCACAAAUCGGACACUAUUUCAGAAAAAUCAAGAUCUGACUAUAUUAUUAUUAUUGCUUUCCACCUGGAGUUACUAAACUCCCUAGAAAUGGACAUCAAGACAAAUAACUUUACUUUCCCCUACAGUGUAUAUACGGCUAACAAAUGAGUACUAUUUUUUUAAAAACAACCACAUUACCAUUAUGACAUCUAACAAAAUUAACAAUAACUUCUUAAUAUCAUAUGUUUUCAGUUUUCCUUAGUUGUCUCAAAAAUGUCUUUUUACAACAUUACCAGUUACAGGACAAAUAUUGUAUGCCUCCUGAUAAGAUGCAAUGAGGAAGACAAAACAUCACUUUUCAGGGUUCUUCCCCAAAAUGUAUAAUGUGAAUAUACUGAAGAAACAUCAACUAAACCCAAGUGAGGGACUGUCUACAAAUAAUUGGCCUUUACUCUUCAAAAAAUCAAGGUCAUGAAAAACAAAGACUGAAGUAACUGUUCCAAAUUAAAGAAGACUAGAGAGGUAUCACAUUGUGUAAUCCUGGAUUGGAUCCUGGACCAAGAAAAUAUGGUUUUCUUCUGCUGUAAAAGAUAUUAGUGGGACAAUUAGCAAAAUUUGAGUAAGGUCUGUAGUAAAUGUUAAGAUAUUCAUAUUAAUUUCCAGAUUUCAGUAAUUGUACUAUAGUAUGUAUAAGAAUGUUCUUGUGUUUAGAAAAUACACAUUGAAGUUUUUAAAGGUAAAGGAGCACUUUGUUGGCAAUAAAAAACUAAUAUGGGGAAAUCCCUGGCAGUCCAGUGGUUAGGAUUCCGGGCUUCCACUGCAAGGGCCCUGGCUUUUUUUUUUUUGGCUGCAUUGGGUCUUUGUUGCUGUGCGUGGGCUUUCUCUAGUUGUGGCGAGCAGAGGGCUACUCUUCAUUGUGGUGCGCGGGCUUCUCAUUGUGGUGGCUUCUCUUGUUGCAGAGCAUGGGCUCUAGGCACGCAGGCUUCAGUAGCUGUGGCACGUGGGCUCAGUAAUUGUGGCUCGCGACCUCUAGAGCGCAGGCUCAGUAGUUGUGGCGUAUGGGCUUAGUUGCUCCACGGCAUGGGAGAUCUUCCCGGAGCAGGGCUCAAACCCCGUGUCCCCUGCAUUGGCAGGCAGAUUCUUAACCACUGUGCCACCAGGGAAACCCAGGGGCCCGGCUUUGAUCCCUGGUUGGGGAACUAAGAUCCUGCAUGCCAUGCAGCGCAGCCCCAAAAAAAAAAAAAGAGAACACACACACACCUAAUAUGGGUAUGUAUAUAGAGAGAGAAUGAUAAAGUAGAUGCAAUAAGAUGUUGACAUUUGGGGAAAUCUAAGUGAAGGUUAUGUGGGAAUUCUUUGUACUAUGGCAACUUUUCUAUAAGUAAAAAUAGAUUUAAAAAAACUUUUCAAGCUGUCUUUUUACUUGGUUUGCUUAAAUCAGGAUUCUAGUGAGAUACAUACUUUGCAUUUGGUUGGUGUGGUCCUUAAGGGUCUUAUGUAUAACAGUUUAUGCUCCCUUUCAUUUUAACUGCCACUUACUUGUUAAAGAAAUUAGGUCAUCUUUCUCACUUUCUGAAUUUGGAUAGCGUAUCCUCUUUGUGUCAUUUAACAUGUUCCUCUAUCACCAAUUUUUCCUGCAAACUGGUAGAUCUAGAAGCUCCAUUAAAAAUUUGUGCUCAGGGCUUCCCUGGUGGCACAGUGGUUGAGAGUCCGCCUGCUGAUGCAGGGAACACGGGUUCGUGCCCCGGUCUGGGAAGAUCCCACAUGCCGCGGAGCGGCUGGGCCCGUGAGCCAUGGCCACUGAGCCUGCGCGUCCAGAGCCUGUGCUCCGCAACGGGAGAGGCCACAACAGUGAGAGGCCCGCGUACAGCAAAAAAAAAAAAAAAAAAGGCAGUUAGUCCUGUGCCUAGAAACUUGUGUCUCUAGGAAUCAGAUUUGUUUGGAAAAUCAAGGAAUGUCUGGGGUGUUUCUAGAAUGUGCUUCAUUCAGUCUUAGAACAGGAGCAAUGACAUGAUGAGAACAAAAUAAAUGAAGAGUAAUUAAGCUUGAGAAGGAGAAAGUGUUUUUGGAGAUAAAGUUGAGAUUUUAGAGAACAGAUCCAACAGAUAUUAAAGGAAAAAUGAAAUUGAAAGACAAGAUAAAAGGGACAGGAUGCUGUACUUGGAGUUUCAUUCAUUUAAAAGGUUUUUUCUUAGCUUGGUAGAUAUUUGGGGGGGAUCAUCUGGAACAUAAGGACAGAAAUAAUAACUUAGUUCCAAAGAAAUUGAACAGGAAUAUAAGCAAAGUCUCAGCAAACUGUACUGACUGUCCCAAAGGGAGCACGGAUACAGGCCACUACUGGCAAAGUGCUGUCUUAGAGCCACGCAGAGACUCCUUGGGAAGAACCACUGGAGAAUUGUGCCUUAAAGACUGGGACAGUGGUGCCAAGUGUACCUGAAAAUCUGGACCAUUUGAGAGGGGGAAUAGCAGUCAAAUGCAAGUGGACUGUUCAGGGGGUAUUGAAUGAGUGUCCAGAUGUCGCUGUGAUUGUAGGUAAGGACAUAAGUGCUGCCUGUGCCCAGAGUGGGCACACCUGAGAAAUUCUGAGCAUUAAGACUCUAAAGGAGGGCAGCGAGAAAGAUGAAGCAUAAUAGAAGAGAGUGAGCAGGGCAGUGAUAAAUGGAAUCCAACUCUGAUUGGCUGUCAGCCCAGCCAGAAAAUACAUGCUGAUUAUCCCACUCGGAAAAGUGAGAGUGCUCAAGCGGUUUUUUGGACAGUAGUUGCCUUUGACAGACCAGAACCUAAUGACUUAUCUCUUAGAACAGAAGACCCCGUUAGACAAAAUCUAGACGAGAAAGGUAACAUUAUCUGGACCAGAAAGGAGAGAAAGUUUAAGGAAAAAAAAGAAAGAAGGAAGGAAGCAUCAGAUCCUACAAAUACUGUUAGGCCUAUAUGUGUUAGGGAAGGAAAGGGAACAACUUAAGAAAUAAAUUAUACUGUGACAAACUCAGCUGUUCCUCCCAGAAAGGUGUAGAGGGAAAUCGAGCCCUAGGACAUAUCCACUAUUGCUGGAAAAAGCAGAGCCGAGAGGAAUACUUCUGGAGGCUGGACCAAUCAAAAGCUGCAGAAGGUGGUGUGCUGAGGAGGGCUCGCCAGAAGUAUGUGUCCUCACCAGUGCAAUUAGUCUGGUAGUCCAGUUGCCCCCAGUAUUUAUAUAUGUCUUCAAUAAUAAUAAUAAGUUUAGUUGGGUAUAUGGCUGCCUAGAAUGAAGACUACAUUCCUCAGCCUCUCUGGUCGUUCAGGGUAUAGGCAUAUCUUGUUUUAUUGGCACUUUGCUGUGUUGCAUUUUUCAGAUGCUGUGUUUUUUACAAACUGAAGGUUCGUGGCAACCCUGCGUCAAGCAAGUUUAUCCGCGCCGUUUCUCCACCAGCAUUUGCUCACUUCGU